AUGGACAAAAUGUCCAUCACAUGCAGUGCUCGUGCCUCUUCCAUGCACAGCGGCCAGGCUAGUCCUCCGAAAACCCCACCUAAACCGCCGUCAAUUCCACCCAAAUCCCCACCGGAACCCUCGUCUCAACCCCCAUCAUACCCUCCCAAAACAUCGCCGCCCUCAUAUCCGCCCAACACGCCACCUGGCGGCGGCGCCGUCACGCCGCCAGCACCAUCCUACCCGCCGUCCGGCCAUCCGGGUUCUCCGGUGUACCCGCCGCCGAUUGGCCCGUCGCCAUAUUUCCCGCCGGGCACCGUUGGCCCGUACCCGCCGCCAAUUGGCCCGUCGCCGUAUUUCCCGCCGGGGAGCGGCGGCCUGACCCCGUUCCCGCCGCCGUCAGGGAACACACUCGUUCCGCCGACGCCGCCGCCACCCGGCGGCGGAGGAAACGGGCGAGACACGACCAUCAUAGCCGUGUGCGUGUCGCUAGGCGGGCUCUUCUUCCUGGCGUUCCUGGCGGUUGGGUUGUUUUGCCUAGCCAAGAAGAAGAAGAAGCCGAUCAUGGCGCCGGCCGCCGAGCCGUGCGAGCCGGAGGGAGAAGCCGGAAGCGGCGGAGGAGGAGGAGAGAUCAGCGGUGGCGGGGCGCACGGGGGUCAUGGUGGGUAUUAA